CCCCCUUCGCCGGACCGAGCAGGUGAUGGAACAAUGAAGGACCCAAACGGGAAGACUCUUCAGGAGGAGGAAGAGGAGGAGGAGGAGGACUUUGGGCCCCAAGUCGAGCUGCACUUCACCAUCUUGGAAGAAUCGGAAGGCGGCAUUUCUCAGGGGAAGCUCUGGCACUGCGAGAUCGAUGCUGAGCUGCAGCCCGCCGACUCCUGCCAGCCAGAGCUGGACGAUGACUCCGUUUACUCUGACCUGUCGCGCUCCCCAUCCCCAGAACUCCAGGAGGUCCUCCCGCACCCUGACCGGGGAGCCAGAGAGAGGCGUGCGGCGCCUUACCCUCCGCAAGGUCCCGAGCAGCAGGUGGAGCUCCAUUUCACCAUCCUGGAGGAGUCGGAAGGGGGCAUCUCCGAGGGGAAGCUCUGCGCGAGUGAGGUCAGGCCGGACGAGCCCCUGCAGGCCGGCUACCCCGAACGCCCCUGGGAUGGUCCCGUUCCCUGGAGCAGGAAGCUCAGCCCGCCGUUGGAGGCGGCGAAGCCUUCGUUCCUCCCGGCUGAAGGCCGGCUGGAAGGAGAAACCAAAGGCGAGGCCCCUGCGCAGGAGGCCUCCGACCAGCAGGUGGAGCUGCACUUCAGCAUCUUCGACGACCCCGAGGAAGGCAGCCUCUCCCAGGGCGCUGAGGAUUACCCGAUGUGGGAGAGCCCGUUCAAGCCGGCCAUGUACCCGGGGAACUACCCGAAGGAGGACUGGGAUAUGUCCAUCGACAGCCUGGGGGACGUCUUUGAGGCGUCCUUCCAGCAGCAGUUCUACCCCGGCGGGCGGGUGUACCCGUGCAGCGAGUGCGGGCGGGUGUUCAACCGGAAGUCGACGCUGACGCGCCACUGGCGGACCCACACGGGGGAGAAGCCCUACUCGUGCCUCGACUGCGGGCGCAGCUUCAGCCUCAACCUGAACCUCCUCACCCACCAGAUGACCCACACGGGGGAGAAGCCCUACAAGUGCCCCGACUGCGGGCAGAGCUUCACCCGCAGCACCAGCGUCACCCGGCACCAGAGGAGCCACCGGGAGGAGGACGGCCCCUACAAGGGCGACCUGUGGGAGGAGGCUUUCCCCUACGUGUUCCCGGGCCCUUUCCCCUACCCGAUGCCCCCCAUGGUGGAGGAGAGGCCCUACCCGUGCCCCGACUGCGGAGAGGCCUUCGCGCACAGCGGCAGCCUCAACCGCCACCUGCGCAUGCACCGGGGGGAGCGGCCGUACCGGUGCGUCAUGUGCGGCGAGGGCUUCUGCUCCAUGUCGAAGCUCUGCCGCCACGAGAGGAUCCACAUGGUGGAGAAGCCCUACCACUGCGAGAUCUGCGGGAAGAGCUUCGCCGUCAAGUCCACGCUGACCCGGCACCAGAUGCUGCACCAGGCCGAGAGGCCCUACAUGUGCCCCCACUGCGACAAGGGCUACGUCCAGCGGAGCCACCUCGCCAGGCACCACCACAAGGCGCACCCCGGGGUGCCCUUCAACCCCGUCAAAGCGAACAGUAUGCCCGCCACCAUCUUGGAUUCCGACAACCACGUCACCUAUUUCUGGGGCGACGAGGAAACGGACGGUCCCGCCGAGCCUUUCCCGACUCAGUUGAUCUACUCGGGAGCAGACUCCUGAGAGCUAAGCCUCGCCUGAAGCUACAGGUGCAUCUUCCACCCGCCACCCUUUGCCCGGGAGAGAAGCACUUUGGACAGGC